AAUUAGCAAGUUCACACACGCUUUUAGGACUAGCAUGUGUGAGCUAGUAUUUCUACAGCAAACGUGAGUCUACUCAGAGUGUCGGAGGAAAAACCGAUAUGUUAAAUGUCGGAGGUGUAACUAAAGCAGAGGACAGACAUGGAAACCUCCGUUAUGUCAGCGCUGGACAGGCCCGUGGCGGAGCUGACGGUUAUGGAUGUGUACGACAUAGCGGCGGUGCUUGGACAGGAGUUUGAGCGGGUCAUCGACAGGUUUGGGUGCGAGUCUCUGACCGGGGUGGUGCCCAAAGUGGUGCGGGUCCUGGAGCUGCUGGAGGCCCUGGUGAGCAGCGGACCCGCCGGACAAGAGGCCGAGGAGCUGCGGAGGGAGCUGGAUAGGCUGCGGCAGGAGCGGAGCGACAGAUACGAGCAGGAGAGGAAGCACCGAAUGUGUUUGGAGUUGGUGGAGGACGUAUGGCGAGGAGAAGUCCAGGACCUGCUCUCUCAAACUCACCAGCUUCAGGCAGAGAACAAGAGGCUGUUAGCAAGCCUCUCUCUCAGAGAGUCCCCUGUCCCAGAGGAAGACCUGCAGAAACAGGAGGGAAUGUCAGAGAAGGAGAGGCAGGUGGUGAAUAAGCUGAAAGACUUGGUGGAUAAGCAGAGGGAUGAAAUCCGGGCUAAAGCCCAUGAGCUGACACUAAAAAACCAGGAUGUUGAGGCGCUCCAGAUGCAGCAACAUCGGCUAAUAAGAAUCAACCAGGACCUUCGUCACAGGAUAGGAGUGAUGGAGGCUCAGGGAAAGGCACUGAUCCAGCAGAGGGCUGAGCUGGAAGCUGCAGCCCAGGCACGGCAGCAGGAGCUGGGGGCUCUGCAGCUGGAGGUCGCAAGGCUGAGAAAGGAGCUCCGAGGGUGGGAACUGGAGAGAGAAGUCACUGAUAUAGAAAAAAACAGAUCUGGGAUGUCACCACCUACAUCACCACAGAUGACGUCUUCGGCAUCUAACUCCCAACCAAAUUCAGUGUGGGUGGAGUGUGGAGAGGAACCUGGCUUCCUGGCAAACUACUUAAAGAGUCCUUCCCUUCUCCCAGGGUCAUCAAAGAGAGAAAAUAAUGAGGAAGAGGGUGACAAAGAUGAGGACACAACAGCAUGUUUACUGGUGUCCGCUGAGACAGAGCCAGAGGAGAAGACAGACCGCCUGGAGCAGGAUUCAGACCAACCUUGCUUCACCCUGCAGGAGCUGCGGCACGUCCUGCAGGAGAAGAAUGAACUCAAGGCCCAAGUGUUUAUGCUACACGAAGAGCUGGCAUAUUACAAAAGUGAGGAGUUUGGGGAUGACAUCAGCUCCAUGGUUUGUCCUCCGUCUCCUCCACCAUGCUCCAGUUCCACUGAUCUGGCCGAAUCAGGAAUUAGACGCUUGAUCUUCACUGCUAUAAUGCCGAUGGUGGCAGCCGGAUUGAUUUCAGACGACCCCACAUUGAUGCCAAUCAGAAGACUUUUCUUCGUAUGAUCUUGAGUUUGAAUUGCAUUGUUGCUCUUAUUUAUCACCACAAUCCUCUAUGACAGUAAACUGAAUAUCUUUAAGUUGUGAAGAAAACGUGGCAUUUUUCACAAUUUGACAUUUUAUAGACCAACAACUAAUGGAGAAAAUAAUCAGCAGAUCAGUCGACAAUGAAAAUAAUACUCAGUUAAAGCCAUACUUUCACACAUACAGUAACUGUGAUAAAUGAACCACUGUUGUCAUUACUGGUGUCAACUUUUGCAAUAUAUUUUGGUAGCAUUUUAGCUAGUCUUGCAUAGCCAGACCUGUCUUUGCAGUGUUGUGUCAUCGCUGGAGUAUGAUCUGGCUAAACCGCUUAUCAUUCUGGGAUAGGGGUAUAAGAGGAGGAGAAUGCUUUAGAGACGUGGCAAAUGUCAGGCUUUAUCCCAUUGUACAUCUGGUAAGCCAUACUACAUAAUAGGUAACUUGGUAAGAGCUUUAAAUGAACCUAACUAGUGAAAAUAUG